AUGAUCUUCUCACGCGUCCACAUUCUCAUCAUUUUUCAACUAUUCCUCAUCUUCACGCUCACUAACUCAGCAUCAGUGAAAGGGGGAUGGUCGAAGACGACGAAACACAAUUCAUUAAAAUCCUGUGUCUAUCAAACACCUGCCGGCUUUGCCGACAACCCCGUUGCAACUAAAUCGAAGUAUACCGCCACAGUCACUUCUGGCACUACUGUUUCUACUCCAGUUUAUGAUGGCUGUUGUUUCUUGGAUAAUCCCCCAAAGGAAUGUCCCCCUGAAAAAUGUGAAGGAGCAUGCACUGUGAAGCCGAAAGAUGGCAAGAAGAGCUCUGCACAAAGAGGCGUGGAGAAAAGCGAGAGGGUAUUGGAGUCUGGAUUCCUUGCAGCUAUGAUAUUGUUUCUAUUUUGA